AUGAAGCUCGUCUAUCGACCCAGCCCUGCUGAGCUACAGGCUUCAGCAACGCAAACACGCACUCCUGCUGGUGAUGGCGAGGAUUUAGCUGGUCUCUAUGCAUUGUUCUCCUCCCAGGAUGAUGGGAAUACAGAAGACCAGCUGUGGCCUAGUUACAUGAAUGAAUAUCCUAUUGACAAGCAUGCUGGCCCGAUGUUCAUUCAUGACAAGCAGAAUACGUUUUGUGGCAUAUGUGGCAUGUGCAUCACUCUCGAGGAUGAGCAGGCUGUAUCAUGGACUGUCAAUCGAUACACUACCACAGGACCUGGUACGGUGCAGCAUGCUGAUGCCGGGAACGUGGAAUUCGAGGAAUUGCAGCAGGGUGAUACUGAUUCUGACUGCUACCGGGCAAAUGAAAGAAAAUUUGGUGUGAUGCCUAAGCCUGGCUGGACAGGACUGUACCGCGCUGUCAUCCGUCAGAAGAAGAAAAUGGAACCCGGACAUCAGACUCCAACUUAUUACGUAUCCGGAGUCGGUCGAUAUCAUCUCUGGGAUAGCGACCCCAAAGCUCGCAAGAUGUACAACAAAUGCAGCUAUGAAGCUGGCGAGCCAAUUUUGACUGUCCCCAUCAACAAGGAAGAUGCCCUAAUUGAUCGCUGUCAUUUCUACAACAAGCAGCUCCCCGAAACGCAAAAGAAAAACACUACCCAGAAGGAACUUGUCAAACGGAUUAGUGUGUAUCCAUGCCAUUUCCACGACGAAAACAAUCAGAAUUUGUUCCCUCAUGGGUUUCCAAUCCACGAAAACUGCUGGAAAAUGGCUGCAAGUGUCAUUGGUGCCGACAAAAUCGAGGCGAACUUGAAUUCGUUUCUAGCUGCACUCCGGGCGCGCUGGGAUGAUGGCAGUACGGUAACUGGGAGUCGCCAGAUUGCGGAUUGGAUCGUCAAUGAAAGAGGCGAUAACUACGGUAUGCGUGCAUGGUACACUGACAUUGCGUCACUCAUGACAGACCGUAGCCAGUAUGAUGUCAACCGCAUGCUCGUGGCUAUGAAUGACCCGCUUUAUGUAGAGGAAGUCGAAGAAAUGGUUGCCGAGGGUGCACGCCGCUAUACAGUCAUGAUGGAAGAACCGAAUCAUGACAGACUCGACGACGAAUGGGUUACUGAGGGUGGCGUGACUGUCAGCAAUACAGGUCACAGCUUUAACACGUUUCCCCAGGAGUCUUUGAUGACUAUCCUCGAUCAACUUCACCACUCCGAGGUUGAGGCCUUUUUGAUUGCAACGAAGCUUCAUGUCCCAUGGCCGUACUGGCGACGGCGAGCUCCGCGUGAUAUCAUCUGGGAACUUAAUUCCAUCAAUGAAAAAGCCACUCCUUUGGAUUGGCAAUAUCUAUGUCUGCGUGCUGAACGCAUGUGUGAGGAAUCACUGGGCUUGAUAAAUCGACAGCGCAUCUGCAGAAUUCUGCAUGAAUUGGACGAGGGCAUGGCUGUCUAG